AUGGAUCUUGAGCAACAGUUGCAGAAGGCACUAAAAGCUGACCAAAUAUCGUCUCAAAUGAAAGCAUCCAGACUACACACAUAUUGGAGAAAAAUCUGUGAAGAUGAGAGGAGGGCGAAGCAGAGGAAUGAGAUGUUAAUGAGAGACUUGGAGAGAAUUGAUAAUCAUAUGGCUGAGCUGAAUGCUAGAACCCAGAGCCUGGCUUUGAUGAAGAAGCAGUAUGAAGAGUACAUCUCUAAAACAUACCCAAAAUGGAAUGAGUUUAUGAAUAGUUCGCCUCAACCUUCAGAAUCUGCGACAGAUCCUCAUCCUCAUGAUGCUUCAGCAGCUGCUUCCCUCCAUCAUCAGGUCAGCCAAUCCCAUUCCUUUGCUCAAGCAAGUGGCGAUAUGAAAUAUAAAACUAGUGCUACUGAAGCUUUUGAAAAAGCACUCACUCAUCAGCCUGAGAAAGAUCAGCAAAAUCAACAGCAGCAGAACCUCCAGCAACACCAGUGGAAGAAGCAACAAACCAUCCAGAGAAGGGGAACCAUACGUAAGAUUGUUGUGUUUAUGCAAACCCAUCAGGUUGCUGACCACAUGCAGGAGACAGAAACAAAUGUAGGAGUCUAUGCCAACUUGCCUGCUAGCCAACCUGAUCACCACACUGCACACAAAUCACAAGCUUCAAAUAAUGUUCAGAUAAAAAGUCACGAAGCAUCAACCAUUCAGUCUCAUAAUGCAGAGAAACCUGCACAGCCCAGAAGUGUGAUCUAUCCUAGAGGAGGUCAAACAGAGGACGAUGAGGAGAUCAGUGACUUUGGGAGUGAGAGUGAUCUUCCCAUGGCCCAGUCCUUGGGAAACACCAAAAUCCCAGUGACUUCUCCGCCAGAUUUGGGGACAGGGAAGUCCGUGUCUCAGACUAAUGGAUCUGCACAGCCAGAACUGUCAGUGGAUGGACUGAUGAAUCUUCUGCAGCUGGUCGAGUCAGAUAUGGUGGAAGCUUUUUCAUGUGACGACUUCUACAGGAGGUCAGCAUUGCCUCUAGUGACUGAGAAGAAUGACAUCAUCAGGAAAGCUAACAACGAUGGUGACUUGAGCAAGGUUGACCCAAGCUUGAUCACGAUGGUAGUCUUAGAACAGAUCACUCACAUCGUGCAGACUUUGACAGAGAAAUGCUUGUUGCCUGAGGAACUUCUCCAGGAUACGUCCGGUCUGUCAGCGACCAUGCUGAGACAACAUCUGUCGCCAGAAGCCCAGAUAAUCUGGGAUGCACUGUAUGCUCAUUUCAUCAAGCUGGUUCAGUAUGACGUCUUAAAGCCACAGGAAGGUCACAAGUUCAUAGUUCGCCUGCUUGAGGGAAGGACAAUCAGCCCAGAGGAACAUUCUCCGAUUCAUAACAAUAAUAAAACGACUAGUCCAGGACACACGAUGGAGAGCUCGGAAAGCUUCGUGGAAGAUGACAGAGUUCCACCAUUGAAGUUUGGUAGUCUGCUGGAGAAACAUUUGAGUGAGGAUGAGUCCAGUUAUGUGACAUCAAGUCUUCCUCAAGAUCCUGUUCCACUCAAUGAGACUACAGCUUAUAAGAGCAUGGUAUCUGGCAGUGGAGGCAGACAGGCACCCCGGCAGAUGUCUGGACAGGAUGAUACUGAUGACGAUGUGGAGAAACAGAUAGCCUCCGCUCUUGUGAGGAAUCCGGCUGUGGAGAAGGCUGCAAAGAAACCAAAUGUGGUUGAUGAUCCUUCAGACGCCAGCUCACAGACUCUACAAACCUCACCUCAUGUGUAUGUGCCCACAGCCAUGGAAUCCAG